AUGAAUAGAACUCGGGAUGCAGUUAUUGUUAUGGAACAAACUGAUAUUAAUAAUCCUCAAAAUGAUUCAAACAAAUCUCAAAAUAGGCCAAUGACGUUUAAAAUUUAUUUUUGUACAUUUUGGAUGGAUUAUCUUUUAAUGGCUAUUUUAGGAGCUGUUGGUCUUGGUGUUUAUUAUCUUCGACCAAUACCUAAUCGUGUUUUUCCUGUUUAUUUUUCUAAUGGUGAAAUAGUUAAUCCAGAAUUUAGUUAUCCAUUUCGUAAAGAUAUUAUUCCAAUAUGGUUAGCUGCAUUUUUAGCAUUUAUUAUUCCAUUUAUAUUUAUAAUAUUAAUGCAAAUACGUCUUCGUAGUUUUAAUGAUGCUAAUACAGCAAUAAUGGGUCUUCUUUUUUCUCUUAUAUCAGCUGCAGUUUUUCAAGUAUUUAUUAAAUGGCUUAUUGGUGGUUUAAGACCACAUUUUUUUUCUGUUUGUAAACCUAAUAUUAAUGCAUCAAGUUAUGGUACAGGCAAUGGUUUUGAUGGUAUUAUGUUUGAUCGUUCAAUAUGUACAGGUGAUGAAAAACAAAUUAAUGAUGCUCUUGAAUCAAUGCCAUCAGGUCAUUCGACAGCAGCUUUUGCUGGUCUUGUUUAUUGUUCAUUAUAUCUUAAUGGUAAAUUAAAAAUUUUUUCUAAUUAUCGUCCACAAUAUUGGAAAUUUGCACUUUUUUAUGCACCAUUACUCGGUGCUGUUCUUAUUGCAUUAUCAUUAACAAUUGAUCAUUAUCAUCAUUGGUAUGAUAUUUUAGUAGGAUCGAUUAUUGGAACAAUGUUUGCUUUUGGAUCAUAUCGUUUUCAAUAUGCAAGUGUUUGGGAUUAUAGAUUUAAUCAUAUACCAUUACCACGGAUAGAUACAGAACAAGGAUUUGAUUAUCAUCUUAAUCAUCUUGAAAAUUAUUUAAGUGCUUCGAAAAAAGGUGGGUGGAUGAAUGGUUCUAUAUAUGGAGCACCAUUUGAUGCAUUAGGAACAUUAUCAAUUGUAAAAUCCUCAGGAUCAACAUCUGCUGAUUUAAGAUUAUAG